GGGAAAAAAAGCAGGGAAAAAGAUGGCGAUCCUCCAUUGCUGAGACCUGGCAAGGAGCACAUGAGACUAGCAAAAACAACUUCCACAACAAUUGCGAGGAGAAGAGCGAGAGACAGGAGAGGAGUGUGAAAAGACCAGCACCAGCACCGGGACCUUCCUCGCAUUAACAUCUGCAGCGAAAAUGAGCUUCAUUCUUCGGCUGACAGAUGGGUCCCUCUGCUCUUUAUCUCCCACAGACAAAGAAAUACAGACAUCGAUUUCCUAAUGUAAAACAUCAAUAAGGACUAUGGAGGUGCUGCAGUGUGAUGGGUGUGAUUUUCGAGCACCAUCCUAUGAAGAUCUUAAAGCUCACAUUCAAGAUGUUCACACCGCAUUUUUGCAACCCACAGAUGUUGCUGAGGAAACUCCUAGCCAGUCGAGGUUUAGCUCCAUGAAUAGCAGUGACCAGGCUGAGGUGGAAUAUUCUUCUAUAAAAGAUGAAUUUGGAAUUACAGAUGAGAUGGCAGGACAAAAUGCAGCUCAGCUGGGGACUGGAAAUUAUUAUAGCCAGAAUUAUUAUGGCCAACAUAUGCUCUCCAAACCAGCAAACAAAUUUUUCCAGUGUAAAUUUUGUGUGCGUUAUUUCAGAUCCAAAAACCUUCUCAUAGAGCAUACGCGGAAAGUCCAUGGCGCUCAGGCGGGAGGAUCCCCAGCUGGAUCACCUGGUACUGGCUCCUUAAAUUACAACAUUAUGAUGCACGAGGGCUUUGGUAAGGUUUUUUCUUGCCAGUUCUGCACAUACAAAUCACCAAGGCGUGCAAGGAUUAUUAAGCACCAGAAGAUGUACCACAAAAACAGCCUGAAGGAGAGCUCCACCUCUCCUUCUGCUUCAGCUGCUAUAUCUGAAUCAGCAUCUACAUCUGUGCCAGUACAGGACUCUUGUAAGGAACUUCCAGCUGAAGUUGUAGAGCGCAGUAUUUUGGAGUCUAUGGUCAAGCCUUUAACCAAGUCAAGAGGCAACUUCUGUUGUGAAUGGUGUAGUUACCAGACGCCUCGAAGGGAACGUUGGUGUGACCAUAUGAUGAAAAAGCAUCGCAGCAUGGUGAAAAUACUGUCAAGCCUGAGGCAGCAACAGGAUGGGACCAGUAUACCAGAUGUAUCAAGCAAGAGCCCACCAAGCCCCACUCCAAACUCGAACUACAUCCCUAUGAAUGCUUCUGGACGAGAGAUGCCUAACGCCAACCUCCCAAACUACAGAGGUUCUAUGAACAAUUCCCUUGUCAGGUCCAACUCUUCUACUUCUUCAAAAUUUUCUUCUGUUUCCUAUCCUCAUAUGAAACACAAGGCACCUCACAACUCUGGCAUUAUUAAUUUGUCUGACAGAUCUCGCUACGGGAUUGCUGACAUGGCCAAUUCUUCCGCUGAUAUGGAUACAAACAGUAUGCUGAAUGACUCCAGUUCUGAUGAUGAGCUAAAUGAACUGGACAGUGAAAAUGGGCUGAACUCCAUGGAUCACCAGAGCUCUGGACUAAUUGCAGAGCAACUGAUGGGGUCUGAGGGCCACAAGUUGCUGGAAACAAAGGGGAUCCCAUUUAGAAGGUUUAUGAACAGAUUCCAGUGUCCUUUCUGUCCUUUCCUUACCAUGCAUCGGCGGAGCAUUUCCCGCCAUAUUGAAAACAUCCAUCUGUCUGGAAAGACAGCGGUAUACAAAUGUGAUGAAUGUCCCUUCACUUGUAAGAGCUCAUUCAAACUUGGAGCUCAUAAGCAGUGUCAUACUGGUGCAGCAUCAGACUGGGAUGCAGUGAAUUCCCAAACAGAAAGCAUAGCUUCUUCUUUAAAUGAAAGCACAGUAUCCUAUGAAGGGGGCAAUAUAAAUGGCAGGAAGUCUGGGGGAAUAAUGGAUUCCAUGCAGCAGCAGCAGUCUCCACAAUCCAACUCACAGCAUCCAUAUAAAUGUACCAUGUGCAAUUAUUCCACAACUACUUUGAAAGGUCUUCGGGUUCAUCAGCAACAUAAGCACUCAUUUUGUGACAACUUGCCAAAAUAUGAGGGCCCAUCAUCAAAUACUCCACAAGACAGUGAGCCUGAUGCUCAUGCCUCCCCCAGCACUGUGAAGAAAAGCCAGACCUCAAUUCUUGGGCUGUCUUCUAAAAACAACUUUGUAGCUAAAGCCUCUAGAAAGAUGUCCAAUGACUUUCCCCUCGAUCUGUCACCAGUGAAGAAGAGAACUAGGAUUGAUGAGAUAGCUAGUAAUUUGCAAAGCAAAAUCAGUCAAAACAAGCAGCAAGAAGAUGCAGUUAUUAAUGUAGAGGAGGAGGAGGAGGAAGACGAUGACAAUGAAGUCGAGAUAGAAGUUGAACUGGACAAGGAAGAAGAACAAGCAGAACCACUGAUGGAAAUGGCAUCAUUUGCUUCACAACAAAUGUGGGGUAGAGAUACCAACGAGUCUCAGAAAGAGUCCAACUACAGGAAUAUCGGCCAUGAUUACAGUUCCACCAAUGGGGCAGAAAUUGAGUUAACUAUAUCUGAGGAUGAGGAGGACUAUUAUUGUUCUUCUAUUGGCUUGAAGGACCAAGGACUGAAUUCUUCUGCUUUGGGCAGCCAGUCAAGUAUAUAUGGGUCUGAUCAAAACAAUGACAAUUCUGACUACGGUGACUCUGGAAGGCUUUACUAUUGUAAACACUGUGACUUCAGCAACAAGUCUGCCAGGAGUGUUAGCACUCAUUAUCAACGGAUGCAUCCAUACAUUAAAUUCAGCUUUAGGUAUAUCCUGGAUCCCAAUGAUCACAGUGCAGUAUACAGGUGUCUUGAAUGUUACAUUGAUUAUACAAACUUUGAAGACCUGCAACAGCACUAUGGUGAGCAUCAUCCUGAAGCUAUGAAUGUACUAAAUUUUGAUCAUUCUGAUUUGAUCUACCGCUGUCGCUUCUGCUCUUACACCAGCCCUAAUGUUAGGAGCCUGAUGCCGCAUUACCAAAGAAUGCAUCCAACAGUUAAAAUUAACAAUGCAAUGAUAUUCUCAAGCUAUGUGGUUGAACAGCAAGAAGGGUUAAGCUCAGAGUCUCAGACUCUGAGGGAGAUCUUGAACUCUGCUCCGAAAAGUCUGGCCGCUUCAACUUCAGUUGCACGUGGGACUGGCGUACCUGCUGCUUUUAACAAAAGUUCUUCGAAAGGUAAUAGCCCAGAAUCUGAAAGUCAGAAGGAGUCAUCAGUAAACAGUGUUGUGGUUUAUGACUGUGAUGUCUGCUCGUUUGCAAGUCCUAAUAUGCAUUCUGUCUUAGUGCAUUAUCAGAAAAAACAUCCUGAAGAGAAAGCGUCAUACUUCAGGAUUCAGAAGACCAUGCGUGUGGUGUCUGUUGAGAGGGGCUCUGCUCUGGCUCAGAUGGCUUAUGAAUUGGGAUCGCCCAUCUCCCCCAAAAUGUCCAGUAUGGCUUCACAGCUACCACCUCCACCACCUCCAGACCUUACCACUGAGCUUUACUACUGCAAGCAUUGCUCUUACAGCAACCGGUCAGUGGUAGGAGUGCUUGUGCAUUACCAGAAAAGGCAUCCGGAAAUAAAAGUUACUGCAAAAUACAUUAGGCAGGCACCUCCCACUGCAGCAAUGAUGAGAUCUGGAGAGAUGCCUCCUGGUAUUCACAGACCAACAGUAUCUAUGCAACAGCUUAAUAGGGGCAGCUCUGAGAGUACUGUAGCUCCCUUAGAGAAUGAGAUGUUCUUCUGCCAGCACUGUGAUUAUGGAAACCGGACUGUGAAAGGAGUGCUCAUACAUUACCAAAAGAAGCACCGUGAUUUCAAAGCCAAUGCAGAUGUGAUUAGGCAGCACACUGCCACAAUCAGGAGCCUUUGUGAUCGUGGCCAGAAAAACUCCCCUGGCAACCUGCAGGCUCCCGCUUCCAAUGCUGAGCGAGAGAAGGCUAAGCUGAGAGCUCUCAAGUGCAGGCAAUGUUCUUAUACGUCUCCUUAUUUCUACGCACUGAGAAAGCACAUUAAAAAGGACCACCCAAGCCUGAAGGCCACAGUCACAUCUAUUUUGCGAUGGGCAUUUUUAGAUGGCUUAAUAGAAGCUGGGUAUCACUGUGAAUGGUGCAUCUAUUCUCACACUGAACCCAGUGGCUUGCUUGUGCAUUACCAAAGGCGACAUCCUGAGCAUUAUGUUGACUAUACGUAUAUGGCAACAAAGCUGUGGGCAGGGCCGGAUCCUUCACCCCCAGCCUUACUGAUACCAUCAGAGAUGAAAACAUAUAAAUGCAGAGAUUGCAUUUUUGAAGCAUCUUCCAUUUGGGACAUUACUAAUCACUACCAAGCUUUUCACCCUUGGGCUAUGAAUGGGGAUGAAUCUGUAUUGCUAGAUAUUAUCAAGGAGAAAGAUGCUGCUGAUAAAGUCAACCCAGCAUUCAGUGAUGCUGGGGCCAGAGUAAAUUCUGAGGGCCAGAUGGCAGCACCACAGGUGGACCAGGAUACAGAAUAUGCAGAGGAUACAAACCUUUCCCAAGACAAAGCUAUCCAGCUCACUUCUGCAAACCCUGCAAUAUCCUCAACACCAUACCAAUGCACAGUGUGCCAGUCAGAAUACAACAAUUUGCACGGACUUCUCACCCACUAUGGCAAAAAACAUCCUGGGAUGAAAGUUAAGGCUGCGGAUUUUGCACAAGACAUAGACAUCAACCCAGGUGCUGUGUACAAAUGUAGGCAUUGCCCAUAUAUUAAUACACGCAUCCAUGGUGUUCUUACACACUACCAGAAACGACAUCCCUUAGUAAAAGUCACUGCAGAAGAUUUUGUGCAUGAUGUGGAACAACCUACUGACAUGAGCCAGAAUGAUGUGGAAGAGACCAGUAGAAUUUUCAAACAAGGAUAUGGUGCUUACAGGUGUAAAUUGUGCCCUUAUACACAUGGUACUUUAGAGAAACUCAAAAUUCAUUAUGAGAAAUACCAUAACCAGCCUGAAUUUGAUGUGUUUGCACAGUCUCCUCCUAAGUUGCCUCCCUCUGUGGAACCUGAAGUCAUCACUGAAAUUAAGCCCACUCCAGAAAUUGCUCCAGAGGAGAUCAUUGGAGAUGAUUCGGUGCCUCCUUCACACUUCUCAAGUUCCCAUUUGGUUUCCCACACUGUAUUUCGGUGCCAGCUCUGUAAGUAUUUUUGCUCCACCAGGAAAGGGAUAGCUAGGCACUACCGAAUAAAACACAACAAUGUUCGGGCACAGCCAGAAGGGAAGAACAACCUUUUCAAAUGUGCUUUGUGUUCCUACACGAACCCUAUCCGUAAAGGUUUGGCUGCGCAUUAUCAGAAGCGCCAUGACAUUGAUGCUUACUACACUCAUUGCUUAGCAGCCUCAAGGACUGUAAGUGACAAACCCAACAAAGUGAUCAUUCCAUCACCCCCAAAAGAAGAUUCUCCUCAGUUAAGUGAGGAGCUGAGGAGGGCAGUGGAGAAAAAGAAGUGCUCUCUUUGUUCCUUCCAGUCCUUUAGUAAAAAAGGAAUUGUAUCCCACUACAUGAAACGCCACCCUGGAGUGUUCCCUAAGAAACAGCAUGCAAGCAAGCUGGGGGGUUACUUCACUGCAGUGUAUGCAGAUGAGUAUGAGAAGCAGCAAGCUCCACUAGAGGAGAGGAAUGACUUUGAGAAGUCUGAGGUGGAGGCAGAGGCUCCCGAAAUGGAGUGGCUGCCCUUCCGAUGCGUCAAGUGUUUCAAACUCUCCUUCAGCACAGCCGAGCUGCUAUGCAUGCAUUACACUGAUCACCACAGCAAGGACUUGAAGAGAGACUUUACCAUACUGGGAAGUGGUGCCCGUUUCCAGAACCCCGUCUUCCAGUGCAGGCACUGUGAUAGCAAACUGCAUAGCACAGCGGAGCUGACCUCGCACUUGAACAGUCACAAUGAGGAAUUCCAGAAGCGUGCCAAACGUCAAGAGAGGAGGAAGCAGCUUCUGAGCAAGCAAAAAUAUGCAGAUGGUGUUUUUGUAGAUUUCAAACAAGAGAGGCCUUUUGGUAAUGUGGAAGAAGUUUCAAAACUGAAGGAGAGGAAGAUAGUGGGAUACAAGUGUAAAUUUUGUGUGGAAGUUCACCCAACCCUUCGAGCCAUCUGCAAUCACCUUCGUAAGCAUGUCCAGUAUGGGAAUGGUUCCUCUGUGUCUGGUGCAGUCAAGCAGGAAGCUGAAGAUCCUUCACAUGCAGCUUUCUUGGAGGGUGUUGAGGGAGCCAAAGACCUUGGCAGUGUUGCCACUGUGGAACUUGCAGAAGCUGAAUCUGGACCAUCACUGGAAGAUGAAACCAGACCUGGUGGCUACCACUGCAGCCAGUGUGACCGGGUUUUGAUGUCUAUGCAGGGUCUACGAUCGCAUGAGAGGAGUCACUUGGCACUGGCCAUGUUUACUCGCGAAGACAAGUACAGCUGCCAGUAUUGUUCCUUUGUCUCUGCUUUCAGGCACAAUUUGGAUCGCCAUAUGCAAGCCCACCAUGGACAUCAUAAACCAUUCCGCUGCAAACUCUGCCCUUUCAAGUCCUCCUAUAACAGCCGGCUGAAAACUCACCUACUCAAAGCUCAUGCUGGUGAACAUGCCUACAAAUGCUCCUCCUGCUCAUUUUCCACCAUGACAAUCAGCCUGCUGAAAGAGCACUCCCUGAAAGUGCAUGGGAAAGCACUGACACUACCAAGACCACGCAUUGUCAGCCUUGUAACCUCGCAUGCUCAACAUGCCUCCAUGAACCACACUACUGCUGAAGAAGUGGAAGACUCUAAUGAUUCUUCCUAUUCAGAGCCUCCAGAUGUCCAACAGCAAUUGAACCACUACCAGUCGGCAGCUCUGGCAAGGAACAAUAACAACAUUAGCCCCAUCCCACUUUCCGGUGCAGACCAGAAAGCUGAAGCCAUCCUUAACUGUGAAUUUUGUGAAUUCUCCUCGGGUUACAUUCAGAGCAUUCGGCGUCAUUAUCGUGACAAACAUGGAGGGAAGAAACUCUUCAAGUGUAAAGACUGCUCCUUUUAUACAGGCUUUAAAUCUGCUUUUACUAUGCACGUGGAAGCUGGGCAUUCAGCAGUUCCUGAGGAAGGACCCAAAGAUCUCCGCUGUCCUCUCUGUCUGUACCACACCAAAUAUAAACGGAACAUGAUUGAUCAUAUCGUCCUUCAUAGAGAAGAGCGAGUGGUUCCCAUAGAAGUGUGCCGUUCCAAGCUGUCCAAAUAUUUGCAGGGAAUUGUUUUCCGCUGUGACAAGUGUACCUUCACAUGUUCCAGUGAUGAAAGCCUACAGCAGCACAUAGAGAAGCACAAUGAACUGAGACCUUACAAAUGCCAACUCUGCUACUAUGAGACCAAGCACACAGAUGAGCUGGAUGCUCACCUUCGAGAUGAGCAUAAGGUGAGUCGCAAUUUUGAGCUGGUUGGACGGGUUAAUUUAGAUCAGUUGGAACAAAUGAAGGGAAAAGUGGAGAGUUCCAGCAGCGAUGAGGAAGAAAAGGAAGAAGAGAUGAGUCCCAAGACUGAAGAGAGAGGGUGCAUGAGGUUCUCUGAGAAUGGUCCUCCAGAAAAACGUUUCCCCUGUGAAUUUUGUGGCCGGACAUUUGCAGAGGGCUCAGAGUGGGAAAGGCAUGUGCUGAGGCAUGGCAUGGCUGUGAAUGAAACCAAGCGGGUGAUUGGUGAAGAUGGCCAGCCAAAAGAAAACACAGAAGAGAAUGUUAAGGUACCAUUGGCGGAAGAGAUGGAAAGCAGCGUGAAUAUAGUGGUGGACUUUUCCCACAAGAAUGAAACUGCUGUCUGUAUUGUUGCUGCUGCUGAUAAAUCACUCCAAGAGAAUGCAGAGGCCAAAAGCGAAUGAGCACCUGGUGUGAUUUCAAACAACCUACUUGAACAGUGAUGGAUGUGAUGGGGUGGGGAGGGGGACAAGGAAGAAUCAAAGCUGCUUUUAGGACUGAAUGAUCUAUUUUCAAAGCACUGGUACCUGUGUGUGUGUGUGUGUACGUGUGUGUGCGUGUGCGUGCGCGCACAUGUGUGUGUGUACAUAUAUUAAAUUUAUUUAAUUGAGGAUGACAAAACAUGUGGCUCCAGUACAUCUCUGCGACUCUUCUGGAUCUCAACAGUGGGAAGUUAUGUUCCUUUGGACUUGAGAAGCAAACUUCCAAAUGUUCCUUGCAUAAUGCCAUUGUGCUUUGCCUUGGAAACUCUGGAUUGUUUCGAGAAUGGAAUCGUCAUGAGGGUGGAAGAGUGCAGAGGAAAAUGUUCAGCGCACAGAUUUGGGCGCUUUUUUCUAGUUUUAAUAUGCAUAUUAUGCUUUUCCAGACUGACUGAAUGACUGAAUGACUUGCUUUAGAAGAAGAAGAAGAAGAAACUGCUAAAACAGUCACCUGUUUCCUAGUACCUCAGAAUUAACCAAGGGAAAUUUUAAAAAUACAAAUCUCUGCAUUUGUCAGUACUACCUGUUGUCAUUGUGGUUAAAUGUAGAGAGAGAGAGAGAGAGAGACUGCUAGGCAAGAUGGUGAAUGGAAGAAAAAAACACCACAAAGUUUUAAAAGAAAGGAAAACAAAAUUGUGCUCAAAAAUCCCUGUGGGGGUUUUAUUUCUUAAAAUACUGUGAUUUUUUUAAUUAUUUUAGUAAAAAAAAUACAAAAGAGAAUGAGAGAGAGAGAGAAUUCCUAGAUACCUGUCUGUGACUUGUCAUCUUUUAUUCCAGGUAAGCUGUUUGUUAGCGUUCAGCUAUGAUUUUUAAAGUCAUGUGACUAUGUGCCGUUCUUGUUUUGCCCCAUGUCUAUGUCUGCUCAGCCUGAGGGAUUACAAAUGCAGCACAAUUAAGUUUUUUUUUCCAUGUAAAGUAAUGUUAUUUCCCCCCGCUGGUCCACUCACCCACCCAGGAGAUGGAGUUGGGAAGAGGAUUAGUCCUUGUGAAUAUAAUGUUUCUUCCCCCCUUUUUUUCCUUUGGUUUUUUUUUUUAGUUUUUAACAUAUGAAAAUAGCAGAGAAGUAACUUUUUUUAAAAAAGAAAAAAAAGAAAAAAACCCAUUAAACUAAAGAACCAAACUUUUACAGCACAGCUAUGCAGGUUGUGGACCAAUCAAACGGGUCCUCAUAAUCAUUCUGUUGCUUGUCAAAUUGAACAUCUCUCACUGGUUAUUUUGGUUAUUCAGGAUGGUUGCUUUUGUUUUGUUUUGUUUUUUGGUAUGUGGUGUGUCUUGUUUUGGUGCGAUGGGGGGAGGAGGGGGGGAGCUGAUAAAAUGCGUCAUUCUGAAAGCUUGAGGUGACCAAGUUCUGUAAUAUUUGGAACCUGGAGAUCUACUCUUUGUGGAUUUGCAGGUGGGAGUUAAACUGUUGGUAUCACCUCCCAUUUGCUCCUCGCAUGAGGGGGAACAGCGCAGCAUAAAUAGGAAUUUGCACUCGUGGACAUGGAGCUUGUGUUCCUUAUUCACACAAAAGUCUUUGGGCAUUUUGUUUGAAGGUGAAGACAGAAGCUCUGGGUCUAUGGGUGAUGGUCUGAUUUUGAACAAAGGGGUUUCUUUCCAAAAAGUAGAAAGUACUUGACUGAAACCUAGUUUUAGAAAUGCAUGUGUCUCUUUGGGUUGUUGUUUUUCCUCUUUCAUUUUUUGUUUGGCGCUUUUUUAAGUGAGGGUAUGGGGUGGGGAGGGUGGGAGACAGGAAGCUGCUGAGAAGUCGGUAUCCAACAGAACUUCUCAUCAAAUUGGUGGAGAAAAAAGAGAAAUAAUACUGUUGCAUUUGUGGAAUAAGUGCUACUCCAAAAGCAUGGUGUUUUGAUUUUGAGGAUUCAUAUUUUGUGGGGUGGGAUUUUUUAUUUUUUUUAAUUUGGAGGGAGGGAGAGUCAUGUGGAAAACACAUUGGAGGACAAGUAUAAAUAUACAUUUUGUGUCUGAAUGUUUUCCUUUUUAAUUGGCCUCAUUUCAAAUGUAUUUAAACAGUUCCAUACCUGGAUUGGGUGUUUGUAAUGGUUACCAAAAAUGAAAAAGAUGAAAAAAAUAAAACUAAAUGAUUGUGACAUGCUUUUAUCACUACUUUAUUUUUCAAAUAACAUGUAAAUAUUGUAAUCCAUUGGAUUUGUUUUGUUUUGUUUUUUGCUAACCUGUUAAUAAAUAUAUGGGACCAUUAUCCUUUUUAACAAGUCUAGAAUGUCAUAUUUUUUCUUGUUUCCCCCCCUCCCCAAAUGUAUACCUUGAUAUAUUGUGGACACACAUUUUAGAUGCAUUAUUAUAAUUCUGUUGGCUGUAAUGAUGACCUAGGAUUGAGAAUAACAUUUUUUUCAUUUGUUUAAUUUAUACAGAGGACUUUUUCAGAGUUUGACAGAAGGAAAUAAAUAGCAAACUGAUAACCCACUGGCUUCAGAACUCAGUAUUUCCUAAUUAAAAUUAUCUACUGCUCAGUGUUUGGUGGACAUGGAGUGGAAGUUCUGAAAUGUUGCACUGAUAACUUUUUUUAAGGCAAAAGAAAACGAAUAAAGACUUUUCAAAAGCGA